GUGAGUUCUGAUUAAAAGAUAAAAUGUGAGAAUCUCGUCCUUGAAAUCUAUUUUUUUGUUGGAGAGUUAUAAGAGUAGAAGAUGAAAGGUGAGAAUCUCGGCCUUGAAAAGAGUUUUGGAUACGAAGAUGAAAUCCAUUUUUGCUGCAGGAGAGAAUACAAAUACGACCUUGAAAUGUCUAUGAUUGUUUAUAUACUUCUUCUUGAUCACGAAGAGAAAACAAAAUACCUUAAUAAAUGGAUGUGCAAAAAAUAUUGGACAUUCAUAGAAGAUAACGGAUACAAGGUACUGGUUGAUUCCUUACUAGACGAACAAGAAAAAUCAUCAGUAAGAAACAACAUUGAUGUUGAAAAGGAUACCUAUUCAUUGGCAGAAGGGGAGAUUGACCCUAAAACUCUUGGAGGAGAAAAUGAAGAUGUAAGCAUGGCCCAUGAAGAAGGCGUUUCCCCCUCCUAAACACGAAUGGGCUGAUUAAUAUAAACAAACGAGGAAGAUGCUCAAACCCAAAACCAGUUAGAAGAAGAUAUAAGGCACAUGAAAUUCUUCAUUAAUGUAAUUUAGAUAGUUUUUAUAAACUUAAUUUGAGUA